ACGUGAAAGCUCAGGGAAUCCAAGAGUGAGGUGAGGGAAUCAAGGCCUGGAAGUCAGGGAUGGCUCCUGAAGAAAGGGUCGAAUGAUUUGGGGGACGGAUCAGCAGCCAGGUGAAGGACCGCCGUGCGCAUCCCCUAGGCAGAGGAGCUGCAUUUGGCAGUUUCCUCCCAAAUGCAGCCGUAUCCAGCAUGCUCCAAGGCUACAGCACUGUGUUCCAGGCCUUGCUGGGGACCUUCUUCACCUGGGGGAUGACGGCAGCUGGGGCGGCUCUGGUGUUCGUAUUCUCUAGUGGACAGAGACGGAUCUUAGAUGGAAGUCUUGGCUUUGCUGCAGGGGUCAUGUUAGCAGCCUCCUACUGGUCCCUCCUGGCCCCAGCGGUUGAGAUGGCCACAUCCUCUGGGGGCUUUGGUGCCUUUGCCUUCUUCCCUGUGGCUGUUGGCUUCACCCUCGGAGCUGCAUUUGUCUACGUGGCCGACCUCGUGAUGCCUCAGCUGGGUGCGGCAGAAGACCCCCAGAUGGCCCUGGCACUGAACUUGGACCCUGCGUUGAUGAAGAAGUCUGAUGCCGAGGGUCCCAGUCUGCUCUUCCCUGAGAGUGAACUUUCCAUCCGGAUAGGUAGAGCUGGGCUUCUUUCAGACAAAAGUGAGAAUGGUGAGGCGUACCAGAGGAGGAAGGCGGUGGCCACCGGCCUUCCAGAGGGCCCCGCUGUCCCCAUGCCUUCUCCAGGGAACCUGGCUCCUCGCAGUGACAGCAGCUGGAGGAGGAUCGCGCUGCUCAUCUUGGCCAUCACCAUACACAACAUCCCAGAGGGGCUUGCUGUUGGAGUUGGAUUUGGAGCCGUAGAAAAGACGGCGUCCGCCACCUUUGAGAGUGCCAGGAACUUAGCCAUUGGAAUUGGGAUCCAGAAUUUCCCGGAGGGCCUCGCGGUCAGCCUUCCCUUGCGAGGAGCUGGCUUCUCCAACUGGAGAGCCUUCUGGUACGGGCAGCUGAGCGGCAUGGUGGAGCCUCUGGCUGGCCUCUUUGGGGCCUUCGCCGUGGUUCUGGCAGAACCUGUUCUGCCCUACGCUCUGGCCUUCGCCGCGGGCGCCAUGGUCUAUGUGGUCAUGGAUGACAUCAUCCCCGAAGCUCAGAUCAGUGGCAACGGGAAGCUGGCGUCCUGGGCCUCCAUCCUGGGGUUUGUGGUGAUGAUGUCCCUGGAUGUGGGCCUGGGCUAGUGCCGAAGCGCUCGGACCCCAGGAAAGGCCGCACGAGACCAUGGCAACGCUCGGCCGCCACGGGACCACUGGCCUCUCUUUGCAUCGGAACAUUUUACUUUUUCUCCUGUUCAUCUCGUUAUCCUGAUUGACUCUGAUUACAUGACAGUUUUUACUUUUCUUCUGAGGGAGACAUAGGUUUUAUUUCCGGACUUCCAAGGUGUCAGUGGAACAAGAGAAUUUGGGCCACUGAAUGGAGUCUCGCUCCAGUGGGGUUACAGUCCGGGAGACCUCUGGGACUUCAGUCUCCCUCACCAGACGCAGUGGCAGCGCCCCAAGGCCACCUACAGAAGCAAGCUACCCCGAGAGAAGUCUCUUCGGCAUGUUUGCCUAGUGGCUCAGGGCAGAGUGACCAGGGCAGCUCUCAUCUGUUCCUCCUGAUCUGGAACUGGAGCAUCACGGACAAAGCCUCCUGCCACUCUCCCAGUCCCACCGGCCCCAGGAGGGGUGCACCUUCCUCUGCCUCCCUGGGGAGACGCUGGGGGGGAUGGGGCUGCCGACAAAGGGAAGAAAAUCAGCUAGCCGCUCUUCUCCCUCUCUCUCUUCUCUUCGAGUGCUCAUUCUCUCUCUCUCUCUCUCUCUCUCUCUGUCUGUCUCUCUCUCUCAGAUUUACAUUGUGAGAUUACGGGAAUUAGGGAAUCGCGACAACUGUGAACACACUGUGAGCCCUGCGAGAAGAAGAGGCUGUAGCUUUGAUCAGAGACCGCUGUUCUCUGGGGAUCCCAGGAGCAAAGUGGUUUGUCAUGGUUUCCAAAUCCCUAUGACAUUUAUUUUGAUAAGUUCAAAGCCUUCAUUUUGCUAAGAGCCUGGGGGACACCAGCCAACUGCUAGAACUCAAACCCUUCAUUUACCUGUGGACAGAGCCACUUAAGCUAAUUUAAGUGAAGGGAAGACGUGUGGCAUCUGUGAUAGGUCCGUCUCUCCGGCCAUUUGGCUACUUGUAACCUGACCCAGAACUCCUUUAAGCUACAGCAAGCUUUGCUGGAGUUUGGCCAGAGCCCUUAGGAUGAGAAAGGAAGAAGGGGUAGGAAAAGAAGGUUUUUAUGUUUUCCUUUAAAAGUAAAUUUUCAGCAAGUCGUCAUUCUGAGUCGACCCUAAACAAUGACUUGAACUAGAUUAGAAGGCGGUCUGUGCGUCCAUGCACAUCGCGUCCCCAGCAGGCGUGGUGUGGCCUCCCUGCUUCGAGCACAGCGGGGCCUGCUGUCCUCCCUGGUCGGAGGGGCCCCAGGACCUUGCGCGGGCUCUGCAGACACGGUGGGCCGCCCAGGAGCCCGGGGUUUGGGUGUGGUGUGAGCCCGCCUGCCCUCCGCGUUUACAUGUUCGACGGCUGCCCGGGGCGCAUGCCCUGCUCUGUGAAUGCCCCCACACCUGAAGGCCAACCUUAUGCUGGGCCAAUCAGUGUACGUUUUUCCGAAUCACUGACGAUCAAAAUUGAAGACACGUCCAGAGGUUUGAUUGGUUGAGGCGAUUUGUUCUGGUGGUUGAUGUGUAUUUUUAUGUCUUUGUAUGUAGUUCUACACAAUGCAGACUUCUUUCUGAUGGACAAGACCUCACAACUGUGAUUAAUCUCAAUAAAAGGGACAUUGCUGUGGCCAGCA